GUGGCUUAUAGUAGUAUUAAAAACCAUUAAUAAAAGAGUGGUUGAUGGCAUUAUUAAACACAUAAUAUAUGGCGUCACUGUCACCAACAUGAAGAAUAUCUUGCAUAGAGAUAACCUAGAAUACAGAAUCCAUUCGGAAGAAGAAACUUUGAUCAAUUGGGGUGACAAUUUUGAGGAAGGAGUAAUAAAAAUGUAG